UCCUCCUUCUGCCCCUCUUCUUUUUCUUCUUCAUUCAUUCAUUCUUCAUUCAGUACAAACGAGUUGCAGACACACAGCUGGAGUGUUCUUUUGACUGGGAUUCUUCAAGAGCGGGAAAACCACAGCUCAACAUGACUUCCAUAUCCAUAGCUGUGACUGUGCUCUGGCAUGUUCUCACGUUUUCAAGAGGUCUCUUUCAAGACUUGGAAGAGGUGAUUGUGAAGCCGGGCGACGACGCCCUCCUCGGGUGCCACGCCCCCCCCAACACCGCCAUCACAGGGCUGAUUUGGUCUCGGCCGGGUGCCGACCUGUACGUGCUCUUCUACCGGGACGGACGAGCGCUCCAACAGUACCAGCUUCAGCCGUACCAAGGCCGCGUGGACCUCAGCGACCCAACGAUGGCGAACGGAAACGUGUCUGUGAUCGUGAGGAACGUCAGCGCGGACGACGCCGGAGAGUACAAGUGCUACGUGAGGACGGAGACGACGGGACGCAGGAAGAGGGACAUGGAGCCCAGGAGUGUCGUCCAUCUGAAGGUGGAGGACACUCCGAGCCCCACCCAUGGGGGCGGGUGUGUUUUCGAGGGCGUGUCUUUGUGCUGCAUGUUACCGCUGCUUGUGUUGUUGUCACUGUGCUCAAAGACAUUCCGUUAAAUGUUUAAGCUUCCAUGUUUUGUGUUGUAUUGCUUAUUUAAUCUUAAUUGUGUUAAGCACUUUAUCCUCAACAUUAGGGUCACAAGGGGUGGUGCCAAUCCCUGCUGACAUAGGGCGAAGGCGGGGUCACAGCCUGCAGGUCAUCAGUCAAUCACAGAAAAUUUCCUCCCAAACAAAUCAGAAAAAAACAUUUAUCUGUUAAGUUUUUAUAGUGUUUUUUUGAAGUGGGCGUUUUUGUCCUUAAGGACUUAAGAGUGUGGUAAAAAAAACAAAAACAUUCUAUGUCUAAUCAUAAAAGUCCGGCAUUUUUUUGUAUUCACAGUGAAGCACGAAUGAGCUCUAGCUUGACUCGGUCUAGAGCUGAAACAAUUAAUGAUGAAUCGAUUAAUAAUCGAUUACUAAAUUAACAGACAACUAUCUUGAUAAUCGAUUAAUCGGUUUGAAGCUUUUUUCGUGAUUAAAACAAGAUUUCCGAUUGUUUAAGCUUCUUAAAUGUGAAUAACAAAGAAACCAUUAAAAGUGAAUCAUUUUGGUUUGUGGACAAAACAAAACAUUUGAGAACGUCAUCAUUUCCACGUUUGAUGAACACGAUCAACAUUUUUUAACGUUUUCUGAUAUUUCAUGGACCAAAAUUAUCGUUAGUUGCAGCUGUAACUCAGUCACCUUUGUUUACCAUGACUUGCAACGAACCCCGCCCCCCCCGGGCGGAGUCGUCAUGGCAACGCCCCCCCCCCCACAGGGUGUUGUUGUUGCUGCAGGACUUCGCUCUCACAGUUGUUUUCUCUGACUCUCUCGGUCAUGUCGCAGUAUUUGAGGGAUAUUUUGUUCGUUUCUCUAGCUUUGGUCAUCGACGGUCUAGAGGAGCUAACAGUGAUGUCUGGAAGGGACGCAACUCUUCACUUGGGGUGCAGCGAGGGUGAGGUGACACUGAUAGAGUGGACCAGACCUGACCUACAGCCACUGAAGUACGUCUUCUUGUACCGCAACGCACGUUCAUACGAAAACUACCAGAAUCCAGGUUAUCACGGUCGAGUGGAGCUGAGAAAUCCGGAGAUAAAAGACGGAGACGUUUCCAUCACGGUGAAGAACGUCAGCGUCAACGACGCUGGACUUUACAGGUGUCGAACCAUCGUGAAGGAGAGUGGAAACAACACGGAGUUCAGGAAAGACAUCAACCUGAGAGUCACAGACUCAGGUGAGUCUGAAGGUCAGACCUCUUCAUUAGUCUGGGAUAAAGAAAAUGAGGAUGAAGAAAACAAAGUUGAAGAAAAGUCGGAAGCAGGAAAAUCGGAUGAAAGAAAGUCAGAAGAAGGAAAAUCAGAAAACUCUGUUGCGCUCAUAGCUGGUGUGUCGGCGACUGUGGGAAUUGUUUGUGUUGGGAUUAUUGUCCUCCUGCUCUCAAAGAAGCGUAACAACUCCAAAAAGAGCGUUCCAAGUGAAGCGAAUUAUAAUCUCAUUUAACAAUCGACACAAACAGUGCACAGACAAGAGUUUGUUUCAUGUAUUUUCCACACUUUAACGCACUUUAACACACUGUAUAUGUGAAUCAGUCUGUCAUUGUCAAGCUAAUAAUUGUAAGUUUUAGCCCUGAAGGAAAGUUUGUCCAUCACUGAAGUCGUCUGCAACGAGCACUUUGACAGGAAAUAACAUGGAUGUGUUUUUUAAUGACUUAAAAUAUGAAAAUAUUAUCUUGAUAUCUACAAUAUAAUAUAAUAUAAUACAAUAUAUAAUGGGGUCACACGGUGGUGUAGUGGUGCAGCGAGAAGACCCGGGUUCGAGCCCCGGUUGGAACAAGGGCCUUUCUGCAUGGAGUUUGCAUGUUCUCCCUGUGUGUGUCCGGGUUCUCUCCGGGUUCUCCGGGUUCUCCCACAGUCCAAAAACAUGCAAUGUGGAGAUUAGGUAAAUUGGACACUCUAAAUUGACCAUAGGAGUGAGUGUGAGAGUGAAUGGUUGUGUGUGUGGCCCUGCGAUGGACUGGCGAACUGAACUAAAGUGGUAGAUGAUGAUUGACUGACAAUAUAUAUUAUAAUAUGACAAUACAAUCUUUUGUUUUAUUUCAGUGCAUGAUGUUUAGCAUUGAUUGUAUUGUGAUUGGAAACAUUAUCUGCUGCCAAUCAUCAUCAUGACAUAUUUACACAUUUCACUCUUUGCACCUUCAAAAUAAAGUGAUUUUUCUGACA